GUCACUGUAACUGAAGAAAAGAAAAAAGCUAGUUUUCCGCAUUGUACUAUCCACUUUCAGUUCCCAACAAAUGAACAACGCCGCCAUGUAGAACAGAAGCGCUUCUUUAUUCUUCUCCAGAAGCGCUUCUCUUUUUCAUUUUCCUCUGCUUCAAUUUCGAAGGGCUCUAGAUGGAUACAGCUGAACAAAUAAAAGACAAGUAUGCUCCAACCGGGGAUGCAGAGAACCCACUACUGGGAAAAUUUGAUAAGCCUCUACCAUGUUUUGGCUGUGGAAUUGGAUGGUUCUCUCUUCUGCUAGGAUUUGUUUGUCCAUUAAUGUGGUAUUACGCUACAAUUCUCUACUUUGGAAAUUACUAUCACAAGGAUCCGAGAGAGCGGGCUGGCCUUGCUGCUUCUGCAAUUGCUGCUCUAGUUUUCACAACUGCUGCGGUGAUAACAGUGGCUGUUAUUGUCUUGUAAAUUUUUCUAUCAACUGAUCUAUCUCUAGCUCACGAGGAAAACAAAAAUCACUUCUAACAUCUGCCCCUACAUGAGAAAGGCAAGCCUUAUGAACCCAUAAUCAAGCUCUAGCGAUCGCUGUUGAUCAUCAAGAAAAAUAUGCACAAAAGGUCCAAAGCUAGUUCCAUUUAAUUAUGUGAACAUAGAGCUGCUUCUGCACCCUUUUUGGAGUUGUGUAUAGACAAGGAGGAUGUGAUGUAACUAGAUUUUAUCCAAAAAGAUGGUUCAGCUAACUUAUUUUGGUGUGUAUGUUUCUUGGUAUAGUAAUUAGUUGCUAGCUUUCAUUUAUUAGAAGUGAGAAUAUACUACUGGUGCUGGUGUUUGACUAUAUGAAAACCUGGUGGGGUUUCUCAUAUUGUUUACGUUCAAGAUGAGAAAUUGCAUAUUUGCCAAGUACUUCGAGAUGUGAAAUAUGCAAAACAUACAGUUGUUAAGUACUGGAAGUGUUGAAGCUUGUUUUCUUGCAACCAAAGUUGGUGUUUUGACCUUUUAA